AUGCCGCGGUUCCCGGUGAAGAAGAUCCGCAAGCAGAUGAAGCUGCUGCUGCUGCUGCUGCUGCUCACGUGCGCCGCGUGGCUCACCUACGUGCACCUGAGCCUGGCGCGCCAGGGCCGCGCGCUGCGCCAGCGCCCGGGCUCCGGGCGAGAUGGGGAGAAGCUGCCCAGUGUGACUGACAGCCACGGUGUCCCAGCACUGCCAUCCACGCAGAGAGCAGAAGACUCCAGUGAGAGUCAGGAGGAGCAGGCGUCUGAGGGUCGGGACCCAAACAUGCUAUUUCCUGGAGGAGCAGGGAGGCCCCCACCACUGAACCUCACACAUCAGACUCCCCCAUGGCGGGAGGAGUUCAAGGGGCAGGUGAACCUGCAUGUGUUCGAGGACUGGUGUGGAGGCGCAGUGGAUCACCUGAGGAGGAACCUGCACUUCCCACUCUUCCCUCAUACUCGCACCAUCGUGAAGAAGUUGGCAGUGUCCCCCAAGUGGAAGAACUACGGACUCCGGAUUUUUGGCUUCAUUCACCCAGCAAAAGAUGGGGACAUCCAGUUCUCUGUGGCUUCAGACGACAACUCUGAGUUCUGGCUGAGCAUAGAUGAGAGCCCAGCAGCUGCCCAGCUGAUAGCCUUUGUAGGCAAGACUGGCUCUGAGUGGACCGCACCUGGAGAAUUCACCAAGUUCCGCUCCCAGGUGUCCAAGCCCCGGCGGCUCAUGGCCUCCCGGAAAUACUACUUUGAACUGCUUCACAAGCAGGAUGACCGGGGCUCAGACCAUGUGGAAGUGGGUUGGCGAGCCUUCCUGCCUGGUCUGAAGUUCGAGAUCAUUGGCUCUGCUCACAUCUCCCUGUACACAGAUGAGUCAUCCCUGAAGAUGGAUCAUGUGGCUCACAUCCCUCAGUCUCUAGCCAGCCACGUGGGCAGUCACUUCCCACAGCAGGAGCCCAGCGUGGACAUGCUGCGGCCAGACCCCAGGGACACCUUCUUCCUCACUCCUCGGAUGGAGCCUUCAAGCCUGGAGAAUGUACUGGAGCCGUGCACCUACGCCCCCACCUACAUCCUCAAAGAUUUUCCCAUUGCCAGAUACCAGGGACUACAGUUUGUGUACCUGUCCUUCGUUUAUCCCAAUGACUACACCCGCCUCACUCAUAUGGAGACGGAUAACAAGUGCUUCUACCGAGAGUCGCCCUUAUACCUGGAAAGGUUUGGGUUCUAUAAAUACAUGAAGAUGGACAAGGAGGAGGGAGAGGAUGAUGAAGAGGAGGUGCAGCGUCGUGCCUUCCUCUUCCUCAACCCAGAUGACUUCCUGGAUGAUGAAGACGAUCAGGAGCUACUGGACAGUCUGGAGCCCACAGAGGCAUCUGUGCCACAGAGCAGCCGCCAGACCCCCACCUCAGUGGCCCCUGCAAAGAAUAAGAAGCUAACUGUGGUCACCCCUGCCCCACCUAUGCCCAGUUCUCUAGAUGGGCAGACCCCCAGGCGUUCCCGGGCCCUAAGCUGGGCUGCCCGGCCCUUGCCCCUCUUUUUGGGCCGGGCCCCACCCCCACAUACAGCACCCUCAAAGGUGUAUGUGACAAGGGUACGGCCGGUACAGCCUAGACCACGGUCUUCUGGAAGGGCCCUGCCUGACCCGCCCUGGCCACAUUUCCCCAGGGUCUUCCUGCGCCCCAGGCCCCUGCCCAGAGUGCAGCUGCGGGCACCACCACGCUCCCCACAACCCCACACCCGCAGGACCAGUGGUCAUCAGACCCCAGAGCCAAGACCUUCAGCCCGGGCGCAGGCCACCCACAGCCAGGUGGCCCCGGUGCAUGCCCAGGAACUCGCAGUGCCAACUGCGGACUCAAACUGGUCAGCUGAGGCCAAACCCGUGACCUCCUUCCUCAGCUUGUCCCAGGUGUCCAGGCCACAGCUUCCGGGGGAGGGGGAGGAGGAGGAGGAGGAAGGGGAGGAUGAUGGCCCCCCAGGUGAAGAGGCUGCAUCGGAUGACAGUGAGGAGGAAGAGGCUGUGGCACGGCCACUGGGCCGCUGGCGAGAGGAUGCUAUCGACUGGCAGCGCACAUUCAGUGUGGGCGCCGUGGACUUUGAGCUGCUGCGCUCAGACUGGAACGACCUGCGCUGCAAUGUGUCAGGAAACCUGCAGCUGCCGGAGGCGGAGGCUGUGGAUGUGGUGGCUCAAUACAUGGAGAGGCUCAAUGAGCGCCAUGGCGGGCGCUUCGCGCUCUUGCGCAUUGUGAACGUGGAGAAACGGCGCGACUCCGCGCGGGGGAGCCGCUUUCUGCUGGAGCUGGAGCUGCAGGAGCGCGGGGGCGGCCGCCUGCGCCUGUCGGAAUAUGUCUUCCUCCGACUCCCGGGAGCCCGGGCGGGCGACGCCGACGGGGAGAGUCCCGAGCCCCCUGCUGCCCCCUCGUGGCGCCCGGAUGGCCGCCCGGAGCUCUGCAGGCCGCUGCGCCUGGCCUGGCGCCAGGACGUCAUGGUGCACUUCAUUGUGCCAGUGAAGAACCAGGCGCGCUGGGUGGCACAGUUUCUGGUGGACAUGGCGGCUCUGCACGUGCACACUGGAGAUUCACACUUUAACAUCAUCCUGGUGGACUUUGAGAGCGAGGACAUGGAUGUGGAGCAGGCCUUGCGUGUGGCACGGCUGCCCCGGUACCAGUACCUAAGGCGAACUGGAAACUUCGAGCGCUCGGCAGGGCUGCAAGCUGGAGUGGACGCAGUGGAGGACCCCAGCAGCAUCGUUUUCCUCUGUGACUUGCACAUCCACUUCCCGCUCAACAUCCUGGAUGGCAUCCGGAAGCACUGCGUAGAGGGCAAACUGGCCUUUGCCCCCGUGGUCAUGCGCCUGGGCUGUGGGAGCUCACCAGGCGACCCCCAUGGUUACUGGGAGGUGAAUGGCUUUGGCCUCUUUGGGAUCUACAAAUCGGACUUUGACCGCGUGGGAGGCAUGAACACUGAGGAGUUCCGUGACCAGUGGGGGGGCGAGGACUGGGAGCUCCUGGACAGGGUCCUGCAGGCAGGGCUGGAGGUGGAGCGGCUGCGACUGAGGAACUUCUACCAUCACUAUCACUCCAAGCGGGGUAUGUGGGGAACCCGGAGUCGCAAGGGCUCCCGUGUAGAGCGGUCCUGAAGGCUAGAAGACCUGCCCAGCUUGCUGAGUGAGGUGGUGGUAGCUGGGGGCUUAGCUCCAGGAUCCACCACCACCAGGGCCAGCCCCCUACUUGGCUCCCUACAAAGGUAGCCUUCAUGGCCCGGCUGGCACCUUGGUUCCCACACUCCACAAUGAUUUCUGUGAAAUUUUCUGUAGCAAUGACCUUGUUUUCAGGAUUUCCAAGAGUUCUGUCUGUUCUGUUUUUUAUUCAGAAUGAAAUAUUUUUUUUAGUUCUCACUUAUUCUCUGUGCCUGUUCUCUUGGGAGACAGAGCCCUGGCCUCAGGAUAGCUCAGGGCACCAAGUACC